AUUAAGUUGGAGGAAUAAAAUGAAAGAAUCGAAUAUGGCAAGGAGAGCGACUAUGGCAGCUCCGUCAGCUUAUAAGAAGAUCAUUGAGACUGAAGAAGAACGUGAGAAGAAAAAUACUAAUUUAUUGAGUAUUGAAGAAAAGGAAAGCCAGGAAGAAGAAAUGACAAAAUAAAGUCAGUAGGUUCAAAAAUAUGACGCCUGAACUAGCAGAGUUAGUCCUUGUGUUAGGGAAAGGUUUGCUUAAAAUCACUCUUUAUGGAAAGCUGUUCCUAAAAGAUGAAAAUGAUCAAGAAGUGAAGAAGAAAAUGCCAACUGUAGAUGAAGUUGUGGAGUUUCUGAAUAUUCCUACAAGGGAGCGAACAAAGGAAAAGAUCAAGUACAUUGCUAGUUAUCUCAGUGAGACCAAAUUCUUCAAAAGUCUCGAGCAAGAUAGUGGUAAAGAAAUCACAGAACAAUGCGCUAAAGAAAUGAAGGUUCAGCUAAACAAAUCAGAAGAUCACAUUAUUACAUUUGGAGAAUUUGGACGAACCUUUUAUGUUGUACUGAAAGGCCAGGUUGCAGUGUAUAUCCCAGCAUCCACGAAAUUACAUGUCAAUCAAAAAGAGUUCUUAGAAUUUGUUGUUCCAAUAAAAAGAUAUGUUAAAUCUGUUAACAAGGAGCCCUUAGAACUUCCAAAUUACAUUGAUAUUUUAAAAUUUGAUUCAGAAGGUAAAAUUGAUAUGGAUGCUCUUCAUGACUUCUUUUCUCAAACCUACAAAAGUGCACAAUACAACAGAGCAUUUAUUCUUAGAAACAUUGGAAACAGGAAUAAGAAUGAUUAUGAAAUAGAAUAUUUCACAAAAGUAGCCACUUUAGGAGAUGGAUUUGACUUCGGAGGAGAUGCACUUGUGGGUAAUACAGCAAGAAAUGCUACUAUCGCUUGUGAAACGGAUAUUAUCCUUGCUACUUUAGACAAACACCCCUUCGAUAUGAUUCUAAGGAAGCAUAAGAAGAAAAAGGAAGAUUUUGAAAUAUCAAGAGUUAGUAAUUUCUCUGUAUUCAAACCAUACUCCAAAUAAAUUCAAAUCCAAGGUACUAAAGCAUCUCAAAACAGAUAGCUUCGAAAAAGGACAAUACAUAUAUAGAGAAAAUGAAGAACCAGACUGUAUUUACUUCUUACUCGAAGGAUCCAUAACUCUGACUAAGGAAUUCAAGGUUCUAAGGUCUGAAGAUCGAGAUCUUGUCGAUUAUGAUAAGUUCUCCUAUUCUAAAUAAGAGUCCUAUUCAUGGUACAUUGCAAGUAGAAGAAACUAAAGAUAUCGCAAUAGAGAAACUAUUGAAUAGAAAAUAACAAGAAGAUUGCCAUUGGAGGAACCAUUAAACCAAAUCUAACAAAGAAAACCAUCGUGGUCUCAAAGCUAGACCCGUAUGAAAUAAUUGGUUCUGAAGAGAUUAUGUUUGAUUCCCGAAAGAGAUUUGUCUCUGCAUUAGUGACUACUAAUAAAUGUUUGGUCUAUUCACUCAAAAAGGAUGACCUAAAAAUUAUCUUGAACACUAACUCUAAGAAAAUUGAAAAAUCUAAGAAUUUUGUAUUGGGGAAAACAGCUGUCUCUGAUACCCUGGAGGAUAGGUUCCAGAACCUAGCAUGGAAUAAAAUGAACAGUUUGAUCAAAAAUAUUGAGAAUCUUAAAGAUGUUACUGAGAAUCUCAGAAAUACUAAUAAGAAAAAGCAAGUUCUUGUUGAUGAAAAGUCAUUUGAUGAUGUUAAGUAUAAGAUUGAUAGAGAGUUUGAAAAAGCUUUCCUUAAACAGAUGACAAAGAUGAGAAUCAUUAAACAACCUAAAAUAAACAAACAGAUAGAGAAUGAUCAAUAUCCAGUAACAAGUUUUUACAAUCAGCUUAUCAAAGACAACUCUAGAAUUGAGCUCUCUAAGAAGAUCAGUCAAGACAGCAAGCAAUUUAGUAAAACAAGUAAACAAAGUUGGAAUACAAAAGGCCAAGCUUCGAUAGAAGAUAUCAAGAAAAAGCAAAUUAGUUUCUCAAAGGGUCGAAAUCAGGGAAAAUAAGAAGAACAUGAGCAUGCAGACUCAUCUACCCAAAAUCAGCAGUAAGACACCCAAAAAUGAGAUUACUCCUCAUAUGUCCAAUAAGGCUCUCCAAAAAUGAGCUUCGACCAACAAAGAAUCUAUCAAACCUCUCUCAAGCAAUUACUUGUUGAAGAGAUUAGGCAAAUCAAAAUCAAUAAAAAGUAUGAUCAAAAACAUGAAUAAUGUCCGAAAGGCUCAGAUUAGGAUGAUAAUGCCACCCAAGCAUAAAAAGAACAGUAAAUCACUCAAUAAAAUGGGAACUGGAGGUGGGUUCAAGCAAGGCUGGAGUGGAAGAAACUUUAAUAAACUCAAUAUGAUUACACCAACAUCUGUACAGAAACUUCAGAAUUUUGAACAUAUGGAUGUGGACAAACUCCUGAUGAGAAAAGAAGCAAUGUUUGACUUCCAGACCAUACUCUAAAUCUGACUGAUUUAAUUGUUUUCCCAUUAGAAUUUUACGGUAAAGGUCUCUAGAUUAGGAUG